AUGGUAACGACUCGUAACUCGGUUGCUAUCGACGCUACAAUUGAACUCGUUGCUAUGCAAAAUUCGUCACUUCCGCUUUGGGAAUGGGCGCAUUGCCUUGAUAACGAUAGCGAAGAUGAUGGAAGUGCUGCCGCACUGGAAUACUGCCAGUUCGAAACAUUCAAUGCCAGCUGCGUCAACUACACGUCGUCGUCGUCAUCAUCGCCACCGUCGUCAUCGUCAUCGUUUUCUUGGAUAAUACUAAUAGAGAAAGCAACGUACGGACGCAUGCGCACAGGUCGCUGCGUCGCGAAAGACUACGGCCAUAUUGGAUGUUCAAAUGACGUCAGCCCUAUUUUGGACGCCAUGUGUUCCGGCAAAUUCACAUGCUCAGUUCCGGUUCCGACGCUACGCAGCAUCAUACAGCCGUGUCCCAAAGAUCUUAUAUCGUACCUCAAUGUUUCCUAUCGAUGUGUUUCCGGUAAGAUAGUGGGGAUGUGUGGGUCUGUUGGUUGA